AGGGUAAACCACCCAAAAGGUAUGCUGAAGAGUUUGCUAAAACACUCAUAGCAGAUACAGCUGUUGUUAGUAACUCAGAGAAGGUUUGGGAACCUUCAAGCUUCCAAGAGGUCCACAGUUUAACCUCAGAGGAUGCUGAGCCAUGGUUAAAUGCCACGAAGGCUGAACUUGAUUCCUUAGAGAGGAACAAGACAUGGGAACUAGUUCCAGGCCUGCCCAGGCCACAAAAGGUUUACAAAGUUCAGUUAUUGCAAAAGUUUUUCAGUGUUAAUUUUAUGCAUUUUUUUAAAUCACCAUGGUAUUUAACAAUAAUAUCUUAUGUUCUUUAGAGGAGAAAUUGUGAAUUGUAGAAUUUUAAAUACCCGUCAUCAUCCUUGGCUUCACUCAAUUUUGUUUAUAACAAUCUUCCAUUUUCUUCUAGUUGUGAAGGUGGGGGAUGGGGAGGGGCCUCACAAGUGGAGUAGCCUAGGGCCUCUCUUCAUCUAAAUCCAGCCCUGGGUGUAGUGUACCAAUGUUUGCCUUUGCCAGCCUUGUGCAUUAAUCAUGCUGGCUAGGGCUGAUGGGAGUUGUAGUCCAGCAUAUUCAGGUUGGGAAUAAGGAGCAAGGCACAUUCAGCUCAGAGCUAAAUCGUUCUACCUUCAAGGAGCCUGGAGAUGCCAGUUUGUGCUCCACAUUUUUUAUAUACACUGGAUGAUAACUCUCAUUUAUAGCAAAUAUCGCAAACCUUUUUCUUUCUAUCUUGAGAUGCUUUUAGACUUUGCUAAGGUAGUAACACACCUAAGAAUGCGUUCCAACCUGAGGCUAUUUUAAGGCACAUGAAGUAAUCUUACUGGAUCAAUCCAACAUUUUUUUCUCUAUAGAAAUCAACUAAUCUAGUAAAUGCAAUAGUUGUAAAAGAGAUUAAUUUGCUUAGUCUCUCAAAUUUUCAGGUGGCACCUGGUGAUGUGUUCAGUGCAAAAUUGUAAGGCAAGCUGUUACUGAAUUAUAGUCAAGGUCAGGGAAAACACAUUUAUUUUACUUGUAGCUGUAUCAUUAUCAGUGGCCUCUGAUGAUAGAUCCACUUGAAGUAAAAACGCAGCUUACCUUGGUGAAUUUGAUUUAUUAACUUUGCAACUGACAAGGUUGCCCGUUUGUUAGUGCUUAUUUUAUAUUUGAAUAGCUUUCAGCACAUAAAUUUGAGGUAUUGCUGCAAGUUACUUAGCAUGUUUCAUAUAUCAUAUGGAGAGGCAAACCUGUACAUUAAUUCUCUUGAUAUUUCUAUUCGGGAUACUACCCUCUUUUUUAAAAAUGGGCACAAUUCUAGGAGGACAUCUGAACUCAUAAUUCAGAGUGAUUCCAUUUAGACUACACCAUGAAAUAAUGGCUUUACCUUUUGGUCCCCCAUUUUGAUUUUGGGGUUGAAAAUAUUAGAGGGAGCAUAUGUUGAAAACCAUCCUCUUAUUGUGAAAAUGGUCAGUUCUUUUCAGUCUUGUUUGUUGACAUUUGUUUGAUUGUUUCUCUUAUUUGCUGCUGAUUUGGAAUCAUUUUUUUCUAGGACUCUUCUGAGGCAAUCCAUCAGGAAUCAUGUAGUGAAAUGUGGAUGCUCUAAGGCUACAGAGGAAAUCAAAUUUGACUAUGUACGGACUUCACUGAGAUCAGACUAAGUCCAUUCAGAGGGAAGGUCAUGGCCAGAAAUCCUUUUCUUGAAUAGCUCUGUUCUUCUCAUUGAUUCUAUGCAAAGAAUCAAUGCCCACAUUCCAUCAGUAUCGGAGGAAGAAAGUUCUGUUUUCCCCUGCUUUUCUGGUGAUGUCACAGAGCACAGAAGCUUUCUAGUAGAACGCUAGGAUGGGUUAGCAGAGUACCAACAUAUUACAAUACAAGCAUCACCAUGUUCCGGUAUGCCAUACUCCACUUAAGGUGAACUUGGAAGAAGUAAUUAUUUUAGGUAUUGGUCAGGGAAGGGAUGAACAGAAAACAUGGCGAUGCACCCAGUUCUUAGCGAUAUCUUCGAGGACCCCACAGAAAAUAUGAGUGUCAAGAGUUUUCAUAGCAAAAUCCUUGGGGAAAGAGCUAUUAGUGCACCACCUAAAUUAUCAUCUAAUGUGGGCACUAAACCUAGCCGGUCAGCAAAAACUCUUAACAAGACCUCUCUGGAAGAAGUAUUAGACAUGUUGCCAUUAAGACCACACUCUGAAACAUGGAGGUCUCUGAGCAGUAUAAAAUCCUGUCCUACGAAGAUGGAGUAUGGAUGGGGAAAAGAGAAAAUGUGGAUAAGUGAUGUAUUUACCGAGGUUGGAUCACUGAGUAGAGCAAUGGAACGUGAGAAAGAUAAACAAAAACUAUCAAUUGGCCGUGGCAAUUUGCUUGGAUUAUCCUCAAAUGAACAAAAUGAGACUGCCUGGAUUCCAAAACUUCAGAUGGGAAGAACAUACCAAGACUGGAGAGGGGUAAUAUUAUCAGAUACUAUGCCUCCAUACUCAACGCUCACCAAUAAGGAGCAUCAAGAAAGAUUGAUUGCAAUAACGAAAAGGCAAAGGCAAAAGAAGCGGCGCCAUCGAGAAACUAAAGUGAAAAUAUGCUGCGAAGAGCGGAAGACUUCAAAGAAAUCUUACAGUAGGAGAAGGCGUACGCUCAGUAUAGUUCACGAGAAAGUCAAAAGGAUUGGGCCACACUUGGAUAUCUUUGAAGCUUUCAAACACCUCCGAAGAAGACAAAACAAGGAUAAAUAUAUUUCAUCUGCCAUUAUUAUUCAGAAAACAAUCAGAGGAUGGCUUGUUCGUUGCAAAAUGCACAGAUUAAAGCUGAAGGCUAGGAGCCAUGGACCAAAUUUACUAGCUGUCGUAAAGGAAUAUCGCAAAGUGAUGUUUCGCAUUAAACGCCGAUGUGGAAUCUUGGAUCCAACUACACCACUAAUAUUUGAUCAACUAGAAGACUAUCUUGACCACAAAAGAUUUUACGAAAUGAUGUUUAGCAAGAGAGACUGCUUGAAAGAGAUGGAUAGAAAUGAGCUACCUAAAUUCUUCAGAGAUUGUGGCCUUUUCCCAACCCUGGCUGAGGUGAACAAUACAAUGAAAAUGGUAUUAGAAGGUGCUGAUUCCAAAAUAAAGAGCAUCAGUAAGGCUCAAGCAAUUGAAAUGACCUUCAUGUUGUAUCCACCUCGUGGUCUCAAGCUUACAACUGCAGCUGCUCCCAGGUCAACCUGGCUGAAACCAAUAGUCGAUGGGGAAGAUGGUUACAAAUAUUUAGUGGGUGGACAUCCAGUAUUAAAGGCAGCUGAUAUUCGAGUUGCUGGAGCUUUAGUAGCUGCAUCAAUGCGAGAAAGGAAGAUGAAGGAACAGGAAGCAAACCAAGCUGCUGCUGCAACAGAGAAGAGUGUCUAACAUAGGAUGCAAUUCAUGCCCAGUUGUAAUAAAUAGCACCAUCAAUUUGAUUAUAAAGAUACUGGAUUAUAAACAAACUUCAGUUUCCUCUGAUGAAAAUUCCCAGUAUACAAUGGAAAGCAUUUCAUUUUUAAAUCAUCAGAUGUUGACAGAAGAUAACAGAAACAUCACUCUUGAGCCCAUACUAUACACUGGAUUCCUAUACGGUUAGAAACAAUUUCAGUAGGAUUUAGAAACCUAAUGUGUAAAAAAAAUAGAAUUUAAAAAAAUCCCUUGCUUGUUUGUUUGGAUUAUAAUAGGCACUGUUCUUUUGUUUUUGUAUUUCUGCAUUCUGUAUGGCAGGGUCUAACAUCAAAUAAAUGUGUCAGUGUUUUUUGCCCAAGAAAUUUUACAGCCUUUCUGGUGCUUUUUGAUCUCAAAGCUGUUCUGUGUGUUUUUCAAAACAAACUAACUUGCAUCAAGCACUUUAACAAUAUAUUCCCUAAAUCUGCAAAAAGAUGGUGUAAGGUCAGUAAAGGAAAGCCUUUACCUUUCAAUAGUCACUUUUCUAUAAAUAAAUUGGCACUUGAUCCUCAUCAAAGAGCAAGAAAUAUUGGAUAUGCUCUCUGAGUGUCCAUUGUAGUUUUUUGAGCCAACUACCUGAUGGAAGUGAUCACUUAUAUGUAAAUGAACUGUCAAUGGUUUGCCACUGUUGGCAAUCACUGGACUGUGAAGGGUAUGUCUUAAUAAGAACCAAAGCUCUUCACAGACUUUGAUUUACUGGAAAUAAAAUAGAAAAGUCCUCUGGGAUUACGAAG